AUGAUCUCCAUUUUUGCGUUGGCCGUCACCAUCGCCCGGCAGGCCCGGCGCUUGGUCCGCCGCCAUCGCCUCCUUUUCCAGGGUCUCACUCUGGCCCUCCUAUUCUGUGCCCUCGAAGCACUGAUACACGUGUACAGGCAUAGCAUUCCGCGUCCAUCGCACGAUCUCGACGCACCGUUUGCGACACAAUGCCGUGACCCGCGCCUCGAGGCCGUCAGCCCUCGUGAGAAUGCCGCCUUGGUCAUGCUCGCCCGCAACUCCGAGAGAGAUGAGGCGCGUGAAACCAUGCGGAACGUCGAGGCCCAGUUUAACCAGUGGUUUAACUACCCUGUGGUUUUUCUGAACGACGAGCCCUGGGACGAGGAUUUCGUCCGCGAACUUGAGGAGACAGUCAGCGGCGACGCCAUCUUUGAGGUCAUCCCCAGUGCGGACUGGACGUACCCCGCGUGGGUUGAUCAGGAGCGCGCUCGCCAGUCCAUGGCUCAACAGGACCGAGCCCGUGUCUGGAACGGCGGAAAGGAGUCGUACCACCACAUGUGCCGCUUCUACUCGGGCGCUUUCUACAAACACCCUGUUUUGGCCCCCUUUAAGUGGUACUGGCGCAUCGAACCUGGCGUUCGCUUCACCUGCGCCCUUACGUAUGACCCGUUCGCAGCCAUGGCCCGCAACAACAAGGUCUACGGCUACACCAUUGCGCUCUGGGAAGAGCCCAACACGUGCCCGUCUCUCUUCCGCGAGGUCGAUAACUUCCGCGCCGCCCACGACAUCCCGAAAACCCCGAGUUGGAACGCCAUGCUUGACACGCCAGCGCCGUGGUAUCUGCAGUUGUACCCAGUUCGGCUACUUCUUGGCCUGCUUAGUGCAGCGCACACGUCGUGGGCCGGCGAUCGCUGGAACCUGUGCCACUACUGGAGCAACUUCGAGAUUGCCUCCCUCGAUUUCUUCCGCAGCGACUCGUAUCAGGCCCUGUUUGAUCAUCUUGACCGCAGCGGUGGUUUCUAUCAUGAGCGCUGGGGCGACGCUCCCGUGCACUCGUUGGCUGUGCACCUGCUGCUUAAGCCCCAUGAGCUGCACCAUUUCUCUGAUAUUGGCUACCACCAUGAGCCUUUCUUCCAAUGUCCCGGUAACGCUCCGGGCGAUGCCCAGCUACCGGGGAACGAGGCGCUGGCCGCCGCUGCCGUAGGUUCUGCUGGGUGGAGUCCUGAGACGGACGGGGCCAUCGGCUGUCGAUGUCAGUGCCUAGAUCGUCGGAAGAGAAAUAACCGGGCAAUUUGUCUGGAGAAGAUGGGUAGGCCAGCGGCAUACCAUCGGCCGGGGUGGUGGGAUCGAUGGAAAGGGCGGUUGCCUUAUGCCAUCGGUGUGGCGGGGUGA